AUGGGGCAUCCUUCCAAAGCUGCUGCUGGACUUUCAGGUAUCCUUUGCAUGAUCUGCAAUCUGAACGCUGCAGCUGUAGAGACUGCGUUUUGAUGGUGGAGCAGAAUACAAUCGCUUGGGCAGACUUCGAAGCACCAGAAAACGAGGGAAAUGUUGAAGCAGGUGAAUGGCACACUGAGCCAUCUGACUGACGGAAACGGUAUCGGCAACCACCUGGGGGAGGAAGUGGAAUCUUUCCUGAGUGAUGCUGGCCCCCUGCACAGCUUCGAUGACCUCACCAAAGUGAGCCCUGUGACCACAGCGACAGUCUUGAAGUGCCUACAGGCAAGAUAUGCCAUAGACGUGUUUUAUACCAACGCCGGCUGCAGCCUGGUGGCUGUCAACCCCUUCCAGCCAAUAGCAUCACUCUACUCACACCAGCUCAUGAAAGACUACCAUGCUGCCCCCCACCCUCAGGAAUUAAAACCUCACAUCUUUGCGGUGGCUGAAGAAACCUACCGAAAUGUCAAAAGCCAGAUCCUGCCAGUGAACCAAUCCAUAAUUGUUAGUGGUGAAAGUGGUGCGGGGAAGACAUGGACGUCACGUUGCCUGAUGAAGUUUUAUGCUACGGUGGCCUCCUCAUCCUCCACUCCCCGAAGCAGCAUUGAUGUCGAAAGGAUAGAGAAGAGGGUAUUGGAUUCUAACCCAGUGAUGGAAGCCUUUGGAAAUGCAUGCACUCUGCGGAACAACAACAGUAGUCGUUUUGGGAAGUACAUCCAGCUUCAAUUGAACAGCUCUCAGCAUAUAACAAGCGCUUCCAUUCAGACGUUCUUACUGGAGAAAACCAGAGUUGCCUAUCAAGCCCCCCAGGAAAGGAACUUCCAUAUUUUCUAUCAGAUCACAAAAGGUGCCACCCAAGAGGAACGACUGGAAUGGAAUCUCCCAGAAGAGUCAACCUUUUCCUGGCUGCCCAAUCCCAAAAAAGCUCUAGAAGAGGACUGUUUUGAGGUGACGCGAGAGGCCAUGUUCCACUUGGGUAUUGACUGUUCCAUGCAGAAUAAUAUUUUCAAGAUAUUAGCUGGCCUUCUCCACUUGGGCAAUGUCCAGUUCUUGGAGGCGGAAGAUGAGUCGCAGCCCUGCCAAGUAGAUGAUGAUGCCAAAGACUCAGCAAAGACGGCUUCCAGAUUGCUGGGAGUGCCUGUCGAAGACCUCUUAGAAACACUGAGAAUUCGGACGAUUACAGCUGGGAAACAGCAGCAGGUCUUCAAGAAGCCGUGCUCCGGGGCUGAGGCUGGGACAAGGAGAGACUGUCUGGCUAAAGUCAUCUAUGCCAGGGUAUUUGAUUGGCUGGUGUCCGUGAUCAACGGAAGCAUAUAUGCUGAUCCCUCUGUGUGGAGCAAUUUCAUAGGCCUGCUGGAUGUCUAUGGCUUUGAAUCUUUUCCUGAAAACCAUCUGGAGCAGUUGUGCAUCAACUAUGCCAAUGAGAAAUUACAGCAGCACUUUGUUGCCCAUUUCCUGAAAGCACAGCAGGAAGAAUAUGCUGCAGAAGGACUGGAAUGGCAUUUCAUAAAUUAUCAAGAUAAUCAAAGCUGCCUAGAUGUGAUCGAAGGCAACCCCAUCAGUCUCUUUUCUUUGAUGAAUGAGGAAUGUCGUCUCAACAGGGCCUCUAAUGCCAGCCAGUUCCAGACCCGGAUUGAGGUAGCUCUGUCUGACAACCAGUGCAUUAGCCGGGACAAGUUUAGCAUGAAAGCGAAUUUCAUCGUUGCACAUUAUGCCGGCAGCGUCUGCUACCAGGUGGAAGGCAUGGUAGAAAAGAAUAAGGACCCCGUGCCCCCAGAACUGGUCCUGCUGCUUCAACAAUCCCAAGAUCCUUUGCUUCAGAAGUUAUUUCCUGCAUCAGCAACAAGCCCAAAAACAAACCCAAAUGACGUCAAGACUCAGACAAAACCAGUGGUUGUGACUGUGGUGUCUAAAUUCAAGGGCUCUCUGGAGAAGCUGAUGGAGAUCCUUAACAGCACCACCCCUCACUACGUCAGAUGCAUCAAGCCGAAUGCAGAUUGCCUGGCCGCCGUUUUCAGGAAGGACGAGGUUCUGUGUCAGCUGGAGGCGUGUGGCAUUGUGGAAACGAUCAACAUCAGUGCAGCCGGCUUUCCAAUCAGGCUCUCCUUCAGAAGUUUCAUUGAACGGUACAAAGUGCUGAAGAAAUCACGGAAGCCCACCUCCCGAGUUGCUCAGAAUGGAAAUGGCUGUUCACACCAUGUGGGAAAUGGCUGGACCCCAACUCAAGACGAUGGUGAUACGUUUCAGUCGACCAUUCAGGUUAUUCUCCAAGAAAUGCACCUGAAUGCUCCUCCGCUCCAUCCAGCAGAGAAAAAACCCUGCGAUGCAGCCGUGUAUUGUGGCAAAACCAAAGUGUUUAUGACUCAUUCCAUGUUGGAGCUCCUGGAAGCUAGGCGAGCCCAGGCCUUCUCUGAGAGAGCUUUCUGCAUCCAGUGCUGCUGGUGGCAGUUUAAGAGGCGGAAGCAGGCGAAGCAGAGACAGGCUGCCACAGCCAUCCAAUCAGCUGUUCGUGGGUGGCUAGCCAGGAGACGUUUCCAGAAACUGUGCAAAGCUGCUACGGUCAUAAAACGGACAUGGAGAAAAUGGAAGACGAAGAUCGAGAUGCUGGCUGCAGAAGAACUGGAUGACAUCGAAGGGAAUCCCUGUGUUUCCAGAGAGGCUAUUCCCUCAAGCUGGGCUUGCAGCGAAUCGGAAAAAUCUGGGCCACCAAGAGCAAUUAUCCAGUUCUGGCCUCUUGGACUGGUGCUGUCAAGUGCGCCUGUGACACUGGGCGGGUUCCAGAGAAGCCUCACCUUUCUGGCCUGCCUCCAAGUUGUCCAGUGCAGCCACCAGCACAAGGCUGAGACCAAGAUGCUGGAGAGGGGCAUCACCUCGGUCAGAGCACUGCCACAGGGCUCCGUCAAGUUCCACUGCAAGAAAUCGCCCCUGCUUUACGCUGACACCCGGCCGCACAGCCACGCCUCCCCCAGGACCGGCUUCAACCAAAUUUUGCUCGACAGCCACAAGCUACUCACUGCCUGAAAGUGAACUUCUGGCCAUUCAGAAAUAUCUGAAUGGCAUUUUCUCAUCCAGCUGUCUCUUUCUCACAGCUUUUUAGCUGGCGAUGCCCAGCUUACACCAUCCUUAAACAUGCAGACUCUGCACAUGGGGGGGGACCCAGCAGAAAAUGUUCAGAUCUGCCAUGCCCCCUUGCUCUGGGGCAUGGGACAAAGGCACAUUCUCCAGGGAAGCCACCAUUUUGCCCCACUAAAAAGCUUGUGGGUACAUUCUCACCGCAUGUACAAAUGCAGAGACUUUUUUGCUGGCCGUGGGGCCUAGCGCCUACCCAGUGGAUAGACAGGGUGCAUCACCCCCAUCCUUCCCUCUUGCGUGGACUUGAAGCAAGUUUCUGUCCUGGUGCUAAACCUUCCAGCCCCAAGCAGAAAGGCUGGGAACAAGCUCCACGGAAAGAGGUGGGGCCGAAACUCCAAGGGCUUGUUGUUUGGAGCUGGGCAUGAACAUUUCAUUAAGAUGCCUGUAACUAUCACCCAAGACACUGUGUAAGAACACACCAGAACAACUGUCAUGAAUUAAAGGCAGCAUUGUUUUAGGAA